AUGAAGUAUUGUUCGGGGAGUGGUGAUAAUGACUGCAGCACUCCACCUAGGAAGUAUUGUUCAGGGAGUGGUGAUAAUGAUAGCAGCACUCCACCUAGGAAGUAUUGUUCAGGGAGUGGUGAUAAUGACUGCAGCACUUCACCUAGGAAGUAUUGUUCAGGGAGUGGUGAUAAUGAUAGCAGCACUCGACCUAGGAAGUAUUGUUUAGGGAGUGCUGAUAAUGACAGCAGCACUCCACUUAGGAAGUAUUGUUCAGGGAGUGGUGAUAAUGACUGCAGCACUCCACGUAGGAAGUAUUGUUUAGGGAGUGGUGAUAAUGAUAGCAGCACUCCACCUAGGAAGUAUUGUUCAGGGAGUGCUGAUUAUGAUAGCAGCACUCCACCUAGGAAGUGUUGGUCAGGGAGUGGUGAUAAUGAUAGCAGCACUCCACCUAGGAAGUAUUGUUCAGGGAGUGCUGAUAAUGACAGCAGCACUCCACCUAGGAAGUAUUGUUCAGAGAGUGGUGAUAAUGAUAGCAGCUCUCCACCUAGGAAGUAUUGUUCAGGGAGGGCUGAUAAUGACAGCAACACUCCACCUAGGAAGUAUUGUUCAGGGAGUGGUGAUAAUGACUGCAGCACUCCACCAAGGAAGUAUUUUUCAGGGAGUGGUGAUAAUGACUGCAGCACUCCACCUAGGAAGUAUUGUUCAGGGAGUGGUGAUAAUGAUAGCAGCACUCCACCUAGGAAGUAUUGUUCAGGGAGUGGUGAUAAUGACAGCAGCACUCCACCCAGGAAGUAUUGUUCAGGGAGUGAUGAUAAUGACAGCAGCACUCCACCCAGGAAGUAUUGUUCAGGGAGUGCUGAUAAUGACAGCAGCACUCCACCUAGGAAUUAUUGUUCAGGGAGUGGUGAUAAUAAUAGCAGCACUCCACCUAGGAAGUAUUGUUCAGGGAGUGCUGAUAAUGACAGCAGCACUCCACCUAGGAAGUAUUGUUCAAGGAGUGGUGAUAAUGACAGCAGCACUCCACCCAGGAAGUAUUGUUCAGGGAGUGCUGAUAAUGACAGCAGCACUCCACCUAGGAAGUAUUGUUCAGGGAGUGGUGAUAAUGAUAGCAGCACUCCACCUAGGAAGUAUUGUUCAGGGAGUGCUGAUAAUGACAGCAGCACUCCACCUAGGAAGUAUUGUUCAGGGUGUGGUGAUAAUGACUGCAGCACUCCACCCAGGAAGUAUUGUUCAGGGAGUUGUGAUAAUGACUGCAGCACUCCACCUAGGAAGUAUUAUUCAGGGAGUGCUGAUAAUGACUGCAGCACUCCACCCAGGAAGUAUUGUUCAGGGAGUGCUGAUAAUGACUGCAGCACUCCACCUAGGAAGUAUUGUUCAGGGACUGGUGAUAAUGACUGCAGCACUCCACCCAGGAAGUAUUGUUCAGGGAGUGGUGAUAAUGAUAGCAGCACUCCACCUAGGAAGUAUUGUUCAGGGAGUGCUGAUAAUGAUAGCAGCACUCCACCCAGGAAGUAUUGUUCAGGGAGUGCUGAUAAUGAUAGCAGCACUCCACCUAGGAAGUAUUGUUCAGGGAGUGCUGAUAAUGAUAGCAGCACUCCACCAAGGAAAUAUUGUUCAGGGAGUGGUGAUAAUGAUAGCAGCACUCCACCUAGGAAGUAUUGUUCAGGGAGUGGUGAUAAUGACUGCAGCACUCCACCCAGGAAGUAUUGUUCAGGGAGUGGUGAUAAUGAUAGCAGCACUCCACCCAGGAAGUAUUGUUCAGGGAGUGCUGAUAAUGACUGCUGUACUCCACCCAGGAAGUAUUGUUCAGGGAGUGCUGAUAAUGACUGCAGCACUCCACCCAGGAUGUAUUGUUCAGGGAGUGCUGAUAAUGACUGCAGCACUCCACCCAGGAAGUAUUGUUCAGGGAGUGGUGAUAAUGAUAGCAGCACUCCACCAAGGAAGUAUUGUUCAGGGAGUGGUGAUAAUGAUAGCAGCACUCCACCCAGGAAGUAUUGUUCAGGGAGUGGUGAUAAUGAUAGCAGCACUCCACCCAGGAAGUAUUGUUCAGGGAGUGCUGAUAAUGACUGCAGCACUCCACCCAGGAAGUAUUGUUCAGGGAGUGGUGAUAAUGACUGCAGCACUCCACCCAGGAAGUAUUGCUCAGGGAGUGCUGAUAAUGACAGCAGCAGUCCUCUACAAUUCUGUAUGUUAAUUGUGCAGUACUGGAUGUACUGGGCAAACAUUCACUUGUCAGAAUGA